CACUUAUGGGACAAAAAUAUUAUGUCAAAACACUAAAGCUUCACAGUCUAAAUUCUUUCCACCCCUUCAAAAAGUGAUGCUACCACCUAACAGUUUUCAAGGCAAAGUGGCAUUCAUUACUGGAGGAGGAACUGGCCUUGGGAAAGGAAUGGCAACUGUUCUGUCCAGCCUCGGCGCCCAGUGUGUAAUUGUUAGCCGGAAUAUUGAUGUUCUGAAAGCCACUGCAGAACAAAUUUCUUCUCAAACUGGAAAUAAGGUUCAUGCAGUUCAGUGUGAUGUGCGGGAUCCUGGUAUGGUUCAAAAUGCCGUUUCAGAACUGAUCAAAGUUGCAGGCCAUCCUGAUGUCGUGAUAAACAAUGCAGCCGGGAAUUUUAUCUCCCCCACUGAAAGGCUUUCUCCUAAUGCUUGGAAGACCAUAACUGACAUUGUUCUAAACGGCACUGCCUAUGUGACACUAGAAAUUGGAAAGCAGCUAAUUAAAGCACAGAAAGGAGCAGCAUUUCUUGCUAUUACAACCAUCUAUGCUGAGAGUGGAUCAGGUUUUGUAGUACCAAGUUCUUCUGCCAAAGCAGGAGUAGAAGCCAUGAGCAAAUCUCUUGCUGCUGAGUGGGCUAGAUAUGGAAUGCGAUUCAACAUAAUUCAGCCGGGGCCUAUAAAAACCAAAGGUGCCUUUAGUCGUCUUGACCCAACUGGAGAAUUCGAGAAAGAAAUGAUUACAAGAAUUCCCUGUGGUCGGCUAGGAACUGUGGAAGAACUUGCAAAUCUUGCUGCUUUCCUUUGUAGUGAUUAUGCUUCUUGGAUUAGUGGAGCAGUUAUUAGAUUCGAUGGUGGAGAGGAAGCAUUUAUUUCAGGGGAAUUCAACAAUCUGAGCAAGGUCUCUAAGGAGCAAUGGGACAUAAUCGAAGGACUGAUCAGGAAGACCAAAGGAUCCUAGGGCCACCUGGUGUUCAUC